AAAAAUAAAAUUGAUCAAAUGUGGUUGGAACCAAUUGAACCAUUUCAUGUCAAAUCGUGUCAAACUUUCGUUCAAAAUUUUUCAUAAUCAUGGCCAUUAGAACAUUCUCAUUUAACCAAAUUCGCAAUAUCUGCCGAAAUGUAGAACAUUUAGAAAUCAGAUUAAUGCAGAAAAAUGAUCGCGUGAAGGCAAAGAAAUUUUUGGAGAAACAUUUUUACAAAAGACACCCUCUCCUCGUUUUAUUGAACCUCGAUAAAAGUCCAUCGGGUAUAGAGGUUUACGACAAAUAUCUCGGAGAAGCGAUCAAAUCUGAAUUGUCAUUAAUGAUGUUGGACGAUCGUAAUGAAAUAAUUGCGCUAAGUGUGAAUCGAAUUAUGGACAGAUAUAGUAAUAAGAUCCAAUUUAAAGAUCCACGUUGUCAAAAACUUGCUUUUUUGGUGGAAGCGGUUGAUGAAAAAUGUAAUUUAUUCAAGAAAUUCGGCGUAGAUCGAUAUUUGAAGAUGGAAGUUUUAGCUGCGGAUCCGACGGUCGAAAAUGGAGGAAUUCAAAAGAAACUUAUUAAGAUAACUAAAAGUUAUGCCCAUCGAAAAAGUAUUAAAUUAAUUCGAUUUGAUACUACUGGAUAUUACGAUGCAAAAGCCGCUAUUAAUCUUGGAUUUAAACCACAUUAUUCCCUUAAUUAUGAGAAUUACGUUGUGAAUGAUGUACCUAUUUUUCGACCACCACCUCCAAACACUGAUUAUUCAGUUUUCGUACAGACCAUUGACGAUGGUAGUAAUAAACCGGAUCGUGUAAAAUGCUGGAAACCUACUUUACCUAAUAUUACUUUCACGUCUAUGUCGAAUGUGUUUGUUAAAGAAACAAGUGGAUCUCUUGAUAAGGGUGAUAUGAGGCAAAAAAAAAGUGCCAUAAUGAUUCAAAAUUUCUUAAAUACACAAAAAGAAGAAGAUACCCCAUUAAUAUAUACAAUUAAAUAA